AUGGGUAGACUAGUCGGACUGGAAUUGUGCAACUUCAAAUCGUACAGAGGUAUUGCCUCUGUCGGCUUUGGUACGGCAGAUUUCACCUCUAUCAUAGGCCCAAACGGGUCAGGUAAAUCCAAUAUGAUGGACGCAAUUUCGUUUGUUUUAGGAGUCAGAUCUUCACACUUGCGAUCAACCCAAUUGAAAGAUUUGAUUUACAGGGGAAGAAACCCCAACAAGGAUGAAGCCCUUGACAUUGACGAUCCCUCCUCGGCGUAUGUUAUGGCUAUCUACGAGAAAAGUGACGGUGUGAUCUUGAAACUUAAAAGAGUUAUUACACCAAAUGGGUCUAGUGAAUACAAAAUUAACAACAAACAGGUUACUGCGACUCAAUACGCAGAAGUUUUGAGGAAGGAGAACAUUCUUAUCAAGGCCAAGAAUUUUCUUGUCUUCCAGGGUGAUGUUGAGAAGAUUGCAUCACAGUCAUCUGAGACGUUGGCUACUUUAAUUGAAACAAUUAGUGGCUCGAUUGACUUAAAGAAGGAUUAUGAUAUACUUUCCGAUGAAAAGGAGAAAGCCCACGAUGAAACAGCUUUAAGAAACAGCAAAAGAAGAACUCUGAAGGAAGAGCUUAAUCAGUAUAAGAGACAAUGCCGUGAAGUUGAAGAGUUUGAUCACAAGACUGAAAGACUUUCAAAUACCAUAGAGGCAAAGUAUUUGUCGAAGCUCUAUUUCAAUGACCUGGCGGUUAAAGAGGCACAAAAGUGUUUGAAGAAGGAGAAGAAAGAGGCAAAAAAAGUGAAAUUAGAGAUCAAUAAGAAAGAAGAGGAGCUUCGUGAAUUUAUUCGUACAGAAUCUGAUGGACAUACUGGUUAUCGUGAUUUGGAGUCUAAAAUUGAGAGGGACAGAGAUCUUGUGGCCCAGAGGAAAAUGGCAUUGAUCCCUAUUGGAGCUGAGACGCGUCAAAUCAGCAAGAAACUUGACGCAUACAACAAGCGGAUGAAAACAUUAGAAGAAGAAAGAGAAAGACAGGCUAGUACUAUUGACGAGACUCAAUCUCAGCUUCGUAAAAUCGAAAAAGCGUUUGAGAAUUACGAGAGGAAGGUCAACAAGGAGGCCGAAGAGGCAGGCAGUUUUUCGAUAGAUUCUGUUGUCAUUAACGAAUAUAAGGAACUCAGAGAGAAAUUUUUAAUGAAGGGAGGCCACAUUGAAUCGAAACUCGCUGAUCUAACGGAUGAGAAAGAAUCAUUAAUUGCACGUAAAGAGGAUUAUGAUGUUAAGAUGAAACUGAUUGAAGCCAGGCUUGAUGAGUUGGAACUGAGUAAAUCAGAAUUGAAGGCGAAGCACGAGGAUGCCAGAUCGAAGAUCAACAGCAUUAGCACUUCGAUUACUGCUAAGAAGCAUCAAUUGAAUUCUUUGCGUGCUUCCCGAGAUGCAAUUAACCAAGAAGAAUUUGAAACCAAUACUGCUUUGAAGAAAACACUUUUGAAACUUCAUGAGUUUGGCUCUUUACAGAGAGAAAACUCUCGUGAGAAGCGUCUCCGGGAGAAUUGUGCAGCUUUGAAGAGACUCUUUUCUGGAGUCCAUGGCCUAUUGAGUGAUAUCUGUCGUCCGAAGCAGCGCAAGUACGAGACCGCAGUUUCUACCGUGAUGGGUCGCAACAUGGACGCAAUCGUCGUUACAAGCAUAUCCGUGGCUGCUGAAUGUAUUGAAUACUUGAAAGAACAGCGUACAGGUUCAGCAUCUUUCAUACCAUUGGAUACGAUUAAUGCCAAACUUGUUAACCAGCAGUACAGAAGUAUUGCUUCUACGGUUCGUCCAGCUAUAGAUGUUGUGGAGUAUGAUUCAGAGUAUGAGAGAGCAGUUCAAUUUGCCUGUGGAGAUUCGCUUAUUUGCGACAAUCUUGAUAUAGCUAAGGCUGUGAGGUGGGAGAAAAACAUUUUGGUUAAGGUGGUCACCUUGGACGGUACCAUCAUUCAUAAAUCAAACAUCAUGACUGGUGGUCAAAUAAGAAGGUCCACCGAUCGUUGGGAUAAAGCAGAAAUGAACUCGUUGCUUUCUCAAAAGGAGGAUAUGAAGGCCAAGCUCGAUGAAUUAGAUAAGAAGAAGCCAAGUGAGUUACUUGACAAAGCUCUUUUGAACGACUUGGAUAGAUUGGAGAACGAACUUCCUAGUUUACAGGAUUCAAAACAGGUAUUACACCGUGCUAUCAACGAUGCCGAUGCUGAGAUUCGCAAUCAGCAUAGACUAUCCAGAGAAUUGGAGGCUGAAAUUGAUAGACUUGAGGAAGAAAUUAUGAAGCCGUUGGAGGAAAGAAUUCAACAGACUGAAGUUGAGCUUCAUUUAGUUCAGGAUACCGUUUUCAAUGGUUUCUGCGAGAAGCAUGGUUUUGAAAGUAUUACCAGGUUUGAUGAGAAGUAUGGUUACAGAUCUUGGGAAAGUUCUAAAGAGAGUGGUAAGUUCCAGAAAGAAAUACAGAGACUACAAAACAGGCUAAAAUUCGAACAGGAACGACUGGAGGACUAUGAUGACCGAAUUCUCAAACUUAAACAGGACCAGAAGAAGUUUGCCGAGAGUUCGACAGAGAUGCAGCAAAAGAAAGAAAAACUUGAGUUUGAUAUUGACCACUUAGAAGGUGAGCUAGAAGUUUGCCAAGAAGAGUACGAUGAGUUACAAGGCAAACUUAAGGAAACUUCGGAGGAGUCCGAUGAAUUGAAAUCUACUAUUCACGAUUUGAAAUUGGAACUCAAAGAUGUUAGCAAGAAGAUCGCAAAUGCUGAAGAGGCAUUGGUAAAAAUACGGAUGGAUAAACUCGGAAUUCUUCGGAAUUGUAAAAUGGAGAAUGUGGAGAUUCCACUCUCAUCGGGCUCUCUAGAAGAUAUUCCGCUAGAAGAGAACGACGGGGAAAAUGAAGAUGAAGAUGAAGAUAAGGAAGAAAGACUUCAAUCCGUAUUGAAUGAAGUUCGGGCUGACUGCAGUGGAUUGGACAAAAAAUACAAAUCAGGAACAGCCGAAGCAAAGGCUAAAGAGAUUGAAGAGGAAAUUGAAAACCUUAAGAAUGAACUUGCUGAAAUGAAUCCAAAUAUGAAUGCUAGAGAAAGACUUGACGAAGCCCAGGAAAGAUUGAACGAAGCGGAUACAGAGUUCUCUGCUUGCAAGGAGCACGAGCGAGAAGCCGUGUCCAAGUACGAAGAAAUCAAAAAGAAGCGGUAUGAUAUUUUCAUGCAGGCGUUUGACCAUAUAACGAACCAAAUCGAUCCUGUCUAUAAAGAACUCACCAAAUCAAGAGUUUCUCCAUUGGGUGGAUCUGCUUACUUGACUUUGGAAGACGAGGAUGAGCCAUAUCUUGCGGGUAUAAGAUAUCAUGCCAUGCCACCGAUGAAACGAUUCAGGGACAUGGACCUACUCUCCGGUGGAGAAAAAACGGUGGCUGCUCUAGCUCUUCUUUUUGCAGUUCACUCUUUCCGGCCUUCUCCGUUCUUCGUGUUAGAUGAGGUCGAUGCCGCUUUGGAUAACGCCAAUGUUCACAGAGUAGCAAAUUACAUCAACGAGCAUGCAAGCCCAACCUUCCAGUUCAUAGUGAUCAGUUUAAAGAGCCAGCUAUUCGAGAGGAGUGACGCAUUGGUUGGUAUCUACAGAGAACAAAGUCUUGGCGCUUCCAAGACUUUGACGCUUGACCUGAGAAAGUAUCUGGAUGAAGUAGCUUAA